GCGGCGGGAAGAUGUCCAGCUCUCAUGCCGUUCCAUGGCGUGCAUGGCAGGGGCUUGGUGAUGUCCUUUACCAAUUUUCUAGUGCCAGUGGAGGUUACAAUCUACUGGUCACCAAUCUCUCCGAGAUGUUCUCCGAGACGAUGGACGCUGCUGCAUUCCUGCAGCGUUUUCAGACGUUGAACCCCUCGCUGGAGGCCACUGGUGAGCAGGUCCUGCCAUAUUUGGAAGAGGCAUUCGGUCGCAGCGACAGUGGCGCCGCCUGGGACAGAGAUGUUAUUCGACUAACCAGCCACGGUCUAGGCGUGCCACUGUGCUGGGAGUUCCGGCUGCGCGUGCUGCCCGGCGGCCUGGCAGCGCGCCUGGUGCGCCCUCUGUUAGUGGCGCUAGGCCAGGCGCAGCAGCGCGAGCGCCGCCUGCUGGCCGAGGUGGCCGCUCGCGACCGCGAGCUGGACGACUACCGACGCUCCGGUGCGCACUUGAUCCUGAAAGGGCUGCGCACGGAGCCACUGGACGCGGCGCGCUUCGAUGCCGAGAUGGCCGGCCUCGGCGCCCGUCCGGCCGACCUGGUAGACUCCAGUGCGUGGGAGGCCCUGCCGCCGGAGCAGGGCCCGGGGCCGCUCGCGCCGCCGCCGCCGGCCAGCGCCGAGCCAGGCAAGCGGGAGCGGCCGGCUGCGGAGGAGCCGCCGAAGGAGGACUGGACCCAGGGGAUUGAGCGACGCCGCAGGGAGCUCGCGGAGCGCCUCCAAGAAGAGGAGAAAGAACUUCGGAGGAAAAGCAAGAAAAAGCGACUCAAUCUGUGAUAAAUAUUGCGAACAUUGCAUGCCCGGAUAGCGACGUUGUGUCCAGGCGCUGUCAGUGUGUGGGAGAAGGCUGGAAAUGUGCAUAUUUUUACCAAAGCAAGCUAGUCAAAUUAGAAACGUGGUAAUAUACGACCCGUUUGUUGCUCCUAGCUGUUGCUAACGUAAAUUAUUUGUAACCGUAUUUAUGACUACUGGUUGAAAGUGUGCGUGCAGUGGUGGUCCUAUGGAUAUUGUGUGUAAAUCUGAGAUUAUGCCUAAGCCAACCAACAUAGCAGAAAUAUAGCAAUUGAAUGAUCUUUUAGCCAAUAAGUCGCAACUCUCGGAGCUUGCGCUGACGUGUGCACCCCAUGUAAAGCCCGCUCCCUCCUGUUGGAGAGGCGUGACUGCACGGGAUGCACUGGCAAUGCGAUCGACACCGCGG